CCUCAACUAACUACUCUCCCCCCACACACACAACAUGAAGAAACUUACCUUCUUUCUUCUUGUCAUUUUGCUACUUGAAAUAACAAUUUCUGAUGACUCUAAAAAUCCAGCACUCUUGAAAUUUGUGCUUCAAUGGCCACCAACUUUUUGUAUGAAUCUGAAUAAUGAUGCAAAACAACCAGGCAGGUGCCAAGAGCCAAUUCUUCAGCAUAAUUUGACACUCCAUGGAGUUUGGCCAGCAGAUCAAGACGGAAUUAGUAUUACUUGCUGCACUAAACCACCAUAUCCAAAUUGGGAUCAACUGUUUACACCGACUGUAGAGAAUCAACUGAUGGCGUUCUGGCCACCACUUAGAGAAAACUCCCAAAAAAGGGACCUAUGGAUGCACGAGUGGAAAGCGCAUGGAGCGUGUGGAGGAACAACAGCACAAGUAUACUUCAACACAGCAAUAAGGAUCAACAACAUGCUUCAAAAGGGAAACUUGUUCAAUUACUUGAAAACAAGUGGGAUUAUUGCUUGUAAUAGCUUGUCUUUUGCUAAAAAAGAUAUCGUUGAUGCUAUUCGAAAGGUGUUUGUUGUAACUCCGCCUUCGCCUCCCCUUGAUGUUUACCUAACAUGUAUUCCAAUUGAUUCAAGAAAUAGAACUCAUGUUUACUUGAAAGAGGUUACCUUGUGCACUAACUUGGGUGGCACUAGUUUCAUUUCAUGCCCUUCAAAAUCUGCUCCAAAAAGCUGUUCUACUGGAGCUACGAUUAUGCUACCUCAUCCAAAACCUCAACCGUCACUAUCGCCGCCACCGCCACCACCAAGGAGAUUCCAAGAAGAAAUAGAUGUAGAUGGGAUAUAUCCCAAGUUUGAACAAUCAUGGACUAAAUAUAUAUUCAACGGCUGAGAUUAAUGUUUGGCUUAAAAUAAUAAAGGAAAUUUAUAAAAAAAAAAAAAAAAGAGAGAUAAUAAAAUAUGAUGUAGCUGAUGACGUGUAUGAAUAAUGCACACUCUCUGAGUGAAAAUAACUUAUUAUCUUGAAUAAAAGUUUUAUUCUAUUCUCUCU